AUGAGAAGGGAUGAAGAUAAUAAUGAUAAAGACAGCGGAAUGAUAAAAGAUACUGAAAGUGAUUAUAAUGAUUAUCUUAAAAACAGUAAUGAUCAAUUCCUAAAAUCUUUGUCUGAAACUACCGAUACUGAUGACGUUGGUGAUGAUGAUGAACUAGAGGGAGCUACAGUGAAAAAUACUAUACUCGAUGAUGAUGAUGAUGAUAAUGAUGAAGAUGUCAAUGGUGAGCAAACAAAGUCUGUAGUGAUGGAGGGAGUUGAUACUAUCGAUGAUAAUGUUGAGGGCGAUGAUGAUGAUGAUGAUAAAGAUAGUGAUUAUAAAGAUAGUGAAUUAGCAAACUCUUUGAUAUUGUUUAAAACUACCCAUGCUGAUGAAGAAGAUGAUGAUGGCGAUGAUGAACUGAAGGGGAUUAUAGUGAGAAAUACUGCACUCGAUGAUGAUGAUGAUGAUAGUGAUGAAGAUAUCAAUGAUGAUAAGCAAGCAAAAUCUGUAGUAAUGAAAGGAGUUGAAACUAUCGAUGAUAAUGUUGGUGACGAUGAUGAUGAUGAUAAAGAUAGUGAUUAUGUAGAUAGUGAAUCAGCAAACUCCUUGAUAUUGUCUAAAACUACCCAUGCGGAUGAAGAUGAUGAUGGCGAUGAUGAACUGAAGGGGAUUAUAGUGAGAAAUACUGCACUCCAUGAUGAUGAUGAUGAUGAUGAUGAUGAUAAUGAUGAAGAUAUCAAUGAUGAUAAGCAAGCAAAAUCUGUAGUGAUGAAAGGAGUUGAAACUAUUGAUGAUAAUAUUGGUGGCGAUGAUGAUGAAAAUAAAGAUAGUGAUUAUGAAGAUAGUGAAUCAGCAAACUCCUUGAUAUUGUCUAAAACUACCCAUGCGGAUGAAGAAGAUGAUGAUGGAGAUGAUGAACUGAAGGGGAUUAUAGUGAGAAAUACUGAGCUUGAUGAUAGAGACGAUAAGCUAGCAAAAUCGUUGAUGACGAAAAGGGUUAAAACUACUCAACAUAAUUUUGAUGACGAUAAUGAUGAUGAUAGUGAUAAUGAAUCAGUUGUUUCUCUAUUGUUGCCUGAAACUAUCGAAACUCGUGAAGAUGAUGAUGAUGAUGAUGGUGAACUGCAGAAAACUACAAUCGAAAACGAUGCACUUGGUGAUGAUGAUGAUAAUGAUGAUGAAGAUGGUAGUAAUCAUGAGUCAGCAGAAACUGCGAUGGCGAGAAGAGCUGAAACUAUCAAUGUUUAUGUUUUUGAAGAUGGUAAAAUGAAGGAAAAUCACGAAAUGAAUAGCCAUAACGAGGACGAUAAGGAUAAUACCUUGAACUAUGCAAAUAAAAAUGGUACCAAAAAUAGAAAAAAUUUUUUGUGUAGUUGUGUUGAGCACAAUAAACCGAACUGCGACCAUAGUAAUAACUCAAAUAUAGGAUAUGACAAGGGGAAAAACAAUAAUGGUGGUGAUUAUGAUAAUGAAUCUGAGUGUGAUUUGAAAGGAAACUGUGAACUAGAAGGUGCAAAAGACGAAAACGGAGAAGAUGAAAUAGAAGAAUAA